AUGUUGAAACAGUUAGGUGAAGUUUCUGAGGAUGCUGUCAGGGACUUGCUGAAUUAUCCUCCAGUAACCUGGUGUAGAGCUUACUUUGAUACCCAAUGUAAGAAUCCAAUGGUGGACAACAACUUUACAGAGUCCUUCAACUCUUGGAUUCUUGAAGCUAGACAUAAACCAAUAGUGAAGAUGCUUGAGGAUAUAAGAGUGAAGGUGAUGAAUCAACUAAAGGAUAGAGCAGAAGAAGCUAACAGUUGGAGAGGUGAAUACAGCCCAUAUGCAAUCGAGUUAUACAAUGAUUAUAGAGAGAUGGCUUCAAAGUGCAAGGAAAAUUUUAAUGGAGAAAAGGGUUUUGAAAUAAGUGAAGGUGAAGACAGGCACACAGUGAUUCUGGAACAACAAAGGUGCACAUGCAGGCUUUGGGACUUGUUUGGAAUCCCUUGUUCUCAUGCUAUCAGGGCAUUCUUAUAUAAGAAACAAGACCCAACACUUGGGAUUCACUGGUGGUAUUCCAAACAAGCCUGGCAGUUGGUGUAUCAGCACAAACUGCAGCCUGAUAGAGGUGAAAGAUUCUGGAAAGUUGAGCCACACCAAGCCAUGGAUCCACCACCACUAGCAAAGAUGGUUGGUAGACCUAAAGUGAAAAGGUCAAGCGAGAAGGAUGAAGCUAGGAAAAGGCAAGGACAAUGUCAACAUCUAGGAAGGGUCUUCAGAUGA